AUGGAUUUCACCAAUUUAAGCGAUUAUAACAGAACUGAAACAUACAGACCCGACCUACCGCCGUGGUUGUUUAAUUUCGUGAUCCCUAUAUUCUUCAGCCUCGUCUGCGUAAUAGGAUUGAUCGGCAACGGAAUUGUGAUCUACAUUAUACUUCGCUACCCAGGAAUGACAUCGCUGCCCAAUUUGUACAUCUUAAACCUGGCGUCUGCGGAUUUCCUUUUUCUACUCGGGUUGCCUUUUAUGACGUAUUUCAACACAACGAAGCGGUGGAUAUUUGGUAACGUAAUGUGCAAGGUAGUGAUGGGAAUCGAUGGUUCUAAUAUGUUUACUGGUAUUUUCACUUUGACUGCGAUGGCUAUUGAUCGAUACUUAGCUAUCGUUCACAUCGUUUGGUCUAAAAACUAUAGGACAGUCCGCAAAACUAAAGUGGUGUGUGCCGCGACUUGGAUCGGCGCGUUUACUGUCACGGUUCCGUUGUGGAUGUACUCAGCGACACAAACGUUCGAUGGAGUAACGGUCUGUAACGUCAUCUGCCCGGUGUUAGUCGGACAGCUGUUCAUUAUAUACACGUUUCUCUUUGGUUUCGUUCUACCGUUGAUAUGUAUUAUAACUUGUUACUGCAGGAUACUAAGAUACCUGACAAAUGGAAGAUCGCGUCAACGCCGACGACAGUUUCACGUCGGUAGAGUCGGUGCGAUGGUGCUGUUUUCAGUGAUUCUAUUCGUUAUAUGUUGGCUCCCUUUUUGGAUUAUAAGACUGCUGUUACUCUCUGAUGAUCACAGUCUAACGUUUGCAUUACAGGUCUCGUACUACGUCAGUGUAUUCCUGAGCUCCAUAAAUAGCUGUUUAAAUCCGCUAGUAUACGCGUAUUUCAAGCAAGAUUUCCAAGACGUGAUUAAACACUGCAUAUGUGAUUGCAAGUCACACGACGAAACGAUACCCAGGUUUCGCUGUUCAUCAUACUGA